UAGGUAGCACAGCGUUCUUUGAUCAGUUGAUCAUUCGCCGCUGCCCAUUUCUCUCUCAAAAGAAUUUUGUUUUUGUCAGAAUAAUGUCUACUAUUGCAAGUGCGCUUUCAAUUGCCGGUUCUCGUUCCUCCGGAACUCCUGUGAGGACUCAAAAUGUUAUGGCAGCCGCAGCAAUUGCCAACAUCGUCAAGAGCUCUUUGGGUCCCGUCGGACUUGAUAAGAUGUUGGUGGAUGAUAUUGGCGACGUGACGGUGACAAACGACGGUGCAACCAUUCUGCGGCUGCUGGAGGUAGAGCACCCGGCUGCCCGCGUGCUGGUGGAGCUGGCUCAGCUGCAGGACGAGGAGGUGGGCGACGGAACCACCUCCGUUGUCAUCAUAGCCGCCGAACUGCUUAAAAACGCCGACGAGCUUGUCAAGCAGAAGAUACAUCCCACCUCGGUCAUCAGCGGAUAUCGGCUUGCUUGCAAGGAAGCCUGCAAGUACAUCCAAGAGCACCUGACCGUUGGCACAGAGGAGCUGGGCCGCGAGUGUGUGGUGAACGCGGCCAAAACGUCCAUGUCGAGCAAGCUGAUUGGCGCUGACGACGAGUUCUUCUCCAACAUGGUGGUGGACGCCGUGCAGGCGGUCAAGAUCACCGACAGCAAGGGCAACGCCUCCUACCCGGUCAAGGCAGUCAAUGUGCUGAAGGCUCACGGUCGGUCGGCCAGGGAGAGCAUUCUCGUCCAGGGCUAUGCCCUCAACUGCACAGUGGCUUCGCAAGCUAUGCCGAAGAAAAUCACCAAUGCCAAGAUUGCUUGUCUAGACUUUUCUCUCCAAAAAUCAAAAAUGAAGCUGGGUGUUCAGGUUUUGAUUACGGAUCCAGAGAAGUUGGAAUCUAUUUUUCAAAGAGAGGCAGAUAUCACUAAGGAACGCAUUCAGAAAAUCCUGGCAGUUGGAACAAAUGUUGUGCUGUGUACUGGCGGAAUUGAUGAUCUUUGUCUCAAGUACUUUGUCGAAGCUGGUGCUAUGGCUGUGCGAAGAGUGAAGAAAGCUGAUCUGAAGAGGAUAGCUAAGGCAACUGGUGCUGCUUACCUUACCUCUCUCACAAAUAUGGAAGGUGAAGAAACCUUUGAAGCUAGUUUUAUAGGAGAGGCUGCUGAAGUUGUACAGGACAGAGUUUGCGAUGAUGAAUUGAUCCUCAUCAAAGGACCGAAGGCACGCACUGCCAGCUCGAUAAUCCUGCGAGGACCGAACGACUUCUACUGCGAUGAGAUGGAGCGGUCCGUUCACGAUGCACUCUGCGUGGUGAAGCGCGUGCUGGAGUCGAAGCACGUGGUCGCCGGUGGCGGAUCAGUCGAAGCCGCUCUCUCCAUCUACCUCGAAAACUUCGCUACAUCCUUGAGCUCAAGAGAACAGUUGGCAAUAGCUGAGUUUGCACGCUCCCUGCUGGUCAUUCCGAAAACAUUGGCUGUGAAUGCUGCCCAAGAUGCGACUGAUCUCGUCGCCAAGCUGAGGGCUUUCCACAACACCAGCCAGACCAAGAAAGAGCAGGCUCAUCUCAAGUGGGUUGGUCUUGACCUAACCAAUGGUGCCGUAACAGACAACAAGACAGCUGGUGUGUUGGAGCCUGCCAUAUCGAAAAUCAAAUCGCUGAAGUUCGCAACUGAGGCUGCAAUCACUAUUCUUCGCAUCGACGACAUGAUCCGACUAGAUCCCGAAAGGAAAGACGACAAGUCUUACCGGCAAGCUUAUGAAUCGGGAGAGCUCGAGGGUUGACCUCUUUAGUUUUACACAAACUUCAAACUAUUUUUAUCACUGAAAAAACUAAAUGCAAGCUUAACUCUUGUAAACCACUAACAUACAUUUCAAAGUGCUUCUUUAUUUAAAUUCACAGAAAUACUAAAAUUUGUACAUUUAUAUUAUUGAUAUUACUGUUCUCAGUAUUAUUGUUAUUAUUAAAAUCAGUUAUUAACAUACUACUUUCAAUUGCUUACAUUAUUUUUGUAAUGUAUUUUUAUGCCUUUGAAAAAGUUCAUAGUUUACCAUAGGAGUGGUAAUAAUUUUGCACUCAAUAAAAACAGAAAUUAAUUUACAAAAA